UGAAAGAAUUAUAUAAAACCUUUAAUAUUAGUAAUAUUAAAGGUUUCAUAUAAUGUCCAACGAUGAAGAAAUAUUUAAAAAACCUUUUGAUGUUGUUCCAACAUCUUCACGGAACACUGAUCCUGUAAAACCAUCUUCAAAUCCUAAAAAAUCAAUGGAAGAAGAAACUAUAACAGAAGAGCAAGAGGUUGAAAGGAAAAAACUAAGCAUGUUAGUAUCUGCAUUCAGUGAAGAGCAGCUUAAUCGAUACGAGAUGUACAGAAGAGCUUCUUUUCCCAAGGCAGCAAUUAAAAGGUUUAUGCAAAAUGUGACUGGGGGAACUUCUGUUCCACCAAAUGUUGUUAUUGCAAUGGCGGGCAUAGCUAAAGUGUUUGUUGGUGAAAUAGUUGAGGAAGCUUUAGAUGUGAUGGAAAAAUGGGGUGAAACGGGACCAAUUAAACCCAAGCAUUUACGCGAAGCGUCUCGUAUUCUUAAGAAAAAAAAUGCAGCACCAAGUAAUCGCUAUCGAGGAUCUAUGUUUUGAUUAUUUGAUUUUUGUUUUUAUCAGAGAUUUGCUUUAAUA